AUGGAUUCAGCCCUCCUUAAAGUUGACGAAGAGAAGGCACGCCAUGCGAAGCGUGUAAAGCUCAGGGAGCUGAACGCCGCCAUGGACGUCCACGUGGAGUUGUCCAAGCUGGACUCUUCCUUGAAGCGUCACACUGGCCUGAUCAAGCGCAUGCGCCAGUCUCUUGGUACCGAUCAUCGUGACCAAAUUCUUAAGGACAUAGACUCGCUGUCAUUGGAAAAGUACAUCGACGAGAUAGCUGGGGUCACCCUAGAAGGAAUUUCGAGAUGCAAGACGGAGAAGGAUGUUUGGAGUGCUGUUGAGGUCAUUUCCGCUCUCCACAGACGCUUCCCCGCAGCGUUUACUCCUACCCUCAUUUCAUCCUUGUCUACCGCACUUGCAGCCCCUUCUCGUGCAGCCCUCUCUGCCUUGCCUCCCGAACAACGCGAGAAGGAGGAUUCUACCCGAGUCUCUCGACAACGUCCCAUUCUCCGUAUCUGUUCUGAGCUGGCAUUGGUCGGAAUCAUUACCGAUGGACAGAAACGAAGCGGUGGUGAAUGGAUAAUGAAAGUACUGAGGGAAUUGUUGUCCAAUGAUCCAACGUUGUCGUCUCUACCUCUACUUUCCACAUUUCUGAAGUCGUACUCGAGACCCUAUUUGGGCCUGACGCCUCCCCAGAGCAAGCAGAUAUCCGCUGAAGCGGAACCUGGAACCUUGUCUUCAGCAACCACGAACGCCACCCAGGGAGAGUUCCCAGCGCUCUUGAACGAGGGCGAGGAACUUGUUCAACAAGAAAUUCGCGAUCGAUUCAAGCGCAUGUGCGAAGGUUAUUUCGACAGCGUUUCUAAGAAACUCGUCAUAGAGCACAAGCGCCUGCAAGAUCAAGAUCGUAGGAAUCAUGAAGCAUAUAUCCGCUCUGGGGAGAUUUUUGAGGAUAGGCAACAAGCGUAUGAGAAGAUGACGAAAGGCUACGAGAAACUGCUUGCGAGCUGCCAAACGCUCUCGGAACUGCUGUACCUGCCGAUGCCAUCAUUGCCUACGGUAUCUCAGAAAUCAGAUUCCAUCCAAAUUGGAGCAAAUGCUGUCUCGGGUAAAUGGGAGGAUGAGGAGGAGCGUCGCUUCUUUGAGGACAUCCAGGACCUAAAGGACUUUGUGCCAAAGUCAGUGUUGGGCAUUGAGAGCGAAGAGAAAGAAGAUAAAGAGGCCACAGAAGAAAGAGAAAGGGCGCUGAAAGAGAAAGCAGACGCUGAAGCGAAGAAACUAGAAGAGGAAUUGGAGGGCCUGAAACUGGACGGAGAUCAAGCGAACGGAAAAAAGGACAGUACCGCCGAAGUCGAGAUGCAAGAGGGGGAACCCGAUGGUACGAUCACUCCGACACCGACAUCUCCAGCCAAGGUCCCAAGUCCCCCGUUGUCUCCUCAACUCGCUCCUCAGGGACCAUCACAGCUGCUCACUGCUUUGCUGGCACGCCUCCCCGAUGCAACAAAUCGUGCCAUGAUUGACCAAGCUGCAAUUGAUUUCGCGUUUCUGAACUCCAAGGCGGCUAGGAAGAGGCUCAUCAAGUUCUUGGGUGCUGUACCAAAGAAUCGUACCGACUUGCUUCCUCAUUAUGCAAGGUUUGUAGCAACUUUGAACAGAUACAUGCCGGACAUUGGUGCCGAGCUUGUGGCACUGCUGGAUGAAGAAUUCCGCUAUCUGCAGCGAAAGAAAAAUGUGGUGAAAGAGCUUGCAGAAGUUCGCUUGAAGAACACCACAUAUUUAUCUAACUUGACGAAGUUUUGCGUCGUGCCUUCUCAUCUUAUUCUCCAUAUGUUCAAGGUUUGCCUGGACGAUUUCUCCGGAACAAACGUCGAAAACAUAUCUAUGCUCCUUGAAGGGUGCGGUCGCUUUUUAUUGCGCAGUGACGACACUAGGGAAAGAUUUGGUACCAUGCUUGAGCUCAUGAGGCGUAAGCAAAGUAUGCAGCACUUCGAUCAAAGACAGAUCCUUCUACUUGAAAACGCAUAUUAUCAGGCCAGUUUAUCUUACUUGGCGGAACAAUGCAACCCACCGGAGCGAGCACCGAGACAGGAGAAGGAGCGCACUCCUUUGGAACUCUUCAUCCGCCAUCUUAUAUAUGACGUCCUGGCCAAGAAGACCAUUGAUAAAGUCCUUAAGCUCCUUCGCAAGCUUGAUUGGGAUGAUCCAAUCGUCCAGCGUGCUCUGCAUAAAGUUUUUACCAAGCCUUGGAAAAUAAAGUAUAGCAACGUCAAUUUGCUGGCCAUGCUGACAUACGACCUGCAACGUUACCACCCUGCUUUUGCGAUAUCGGUCGUAGACCAGGUCCUCGAAGACAUUCGAAGAGGCUUGGAACAGAACGUCUAUAGCACGAAUCAACGCCGCGUGGCGACAAUAAAAUACCUGGGGGAACUCUAUAUCUACCGGCUGUUGGGGUCGAGCCUAGUGUUCGAUACCUUGUGGUCGCUGGUCACGUUCGGACAUCCUGAAGGACGUCCAUUGCCCCGUCAGCCUUGCCCACUGGAUAUGCCUAAUGAUUUUUUCCGCGUUCGUCUCGUUUGCGUUCUGCUCGACACGGUUGGCAUGUGUUUCGACCGAGGAACUCAGAAGAGGAAACUUGAUAAUUUCCUCGUUUUCUUCCAGUACUAUGUCUUAUCCAAAGAAGAUCUACCCAUGGAUGUUGACUUUAUGCUGUCCGAUUCAAUCGAGGCUAUCCGACCCAAGAUGUCGAUGUAUAAGAUAAUAGAAGAAGCCGCCGCCGCCAACGCUGGCUUGUCGACUGGUGAGGAUAGUGGCGAAGAUAGCGACGAAGAAGGUGAACGGCCUCAACAAGAAGAGGAUGACGAUGGUGAUACUACUGGUCAGGAAUCUUCGAACGAAGAUCGAGCGCCGUCUCCAGACGCUGUUAUUGUCUUAUCUACACAGGAACGUCUCGGACCAACUGAAGAAGCUGUUGCUGAUUUUGAGAAAGAGCUUGCCAAGAUCAUCACAGACUCCUCUGCUGAGUCUAGAAAGCUCGACAAGAAGACAGCUUGGUGGGAUUCUGCCGUCCUCGCCCCCAAUUUGCGCAAGAAGCGGGUUGAGGAGGGUGAUGUCGAUGCUGGUGGCGACAACAAUUCGGAUGGCAACGCCGUGAUGCACUUCACUGUCAUCACGAAACGUGGCAGUAAGCCGCAGAGUCGCCAUCUUCUUGUACCGGCUGAAUCGGCGCUUGCUGUACACACACGAUCCGCGCAACUUCAAGACAAGGUAGAGCAACAACAUCUCAAACGUUUAGUCCUGGACUACGAGCAGAGAGAGGAAGCAGAAGAAAUGAAAGCCCUCGAAUCCCGUACCAAGGCUGGUGGGAUCAAGAUCCGCUAUGUCGGAUAGCCCUAACUACAUCGUCUAUCGCAUCAAGUCUCAUCCAUAGCCUAGAUCGAUGCAUCGGCGGCGGCGCUCUUGCGCAACGACGGUUUUUGAACGAGUUUCAUACCGCCUCCGUGGCACUCAGCGCUGUCAUUCUCGCAUGCACUGUGAAGCUGACCUGGCGGUUUCCUUGGCUGUUCGCUCAGCCCGUGGCUACCACCCGUAAGCAUCAUCUCAUGUUGGCUGAAAUCACCUAGUAGCCGCAUUUCUUGCUACACCCUUUUGUUCUCUGUUUAGUUCCUGUAAUCUAUCGCCUAACAUCCGUUCAGUAUGGAAUCGAUUCCCACGUGUUUCAACGCAAUUUUUGUAGUCAAGGUUCGUUCUUAGCUAG